UUUUUGGAGACUCCAAAGACAUUCAUUCAUAAUUGUUUCACUCACGUGUACACAAAGUAGCCAUUCGUUUGUCCAUGCUUUGAGACGUCCGUUGUUAUGAAGACCCUUUUGAUAGGGGUGCUGCUUUUCGGCACACUUCGUGCCCAGCUCCCCGAGGACGGCACGACAGAUGUAUCUGGGGCGGCAGUGAUCGAUUCUUCCAGCACGCAAGACCCUACAGCGACAACUACGCUCGCAACUUUCGGUGCUGAAGCAAGUACUGAGGCCGAUACUCUGAGCGCGCCGGCUGAUGAAGAUCCUGCCGAGACCACACCCUCGGAGGAGGAUCCUAUUGAAACUACACCAGCUGAAGGUGACUCUUUAGACAAUGGUUCCGCCGACGACACCACAACUACACCGGAAGAGACUCCCGAAUCUACCCCAGAGGAAGAUACAGACGAUCCCGAAUUAGCCCCUAUUAUUGAGCCUGGCCCAUCAGUUCCUGGACAAUCUGCCCAAAGCAAUGUCGGAGCCUUCGAUGCCUCUGACGAAGCGAGCGGCGAUGAUGAAACCAGCACCAACGAAGAAUCCAACGACCAAAUUGCACCCGAGGAAAGCCCGUCUGCUGAAGAACAACCUGCCGAAUCAACAGAUGGGGAAACCCAGCCUGCUGAAGCUACCGACGAUGAAGAUCCUCCAAUCCAGGAAGGUGGAAACACUGACCUGGGAUCGGCUAAUGGUCUCGCCGAUGAAGAGCCAUCAACAGAAGAACCAUCUACCGAAGAGCCCUCCACGGAAGAACCUUCUACGGACGAACCCUCGACCGAAGAGCCAUCCACAGAGGAGCCAUCAACGGAGGAGCCAUCAACUGAAGAUCCAUCCACAGAAGACCCUUCUACGGAAGAGCCCUCCAACGAAGACGAGGGAAGUGAAGAAGAUGGCAAUGUCGAGGAUGAAAACGGCGAAACCCUAGACGACGGCGAAGGCGAAAAUAAUGAAGAUCUUGAAAGCGGAGAAGAUGACAACGGCGAGAGUCAAGAUAACGGAGACGAGGAAACAGAUGACGAACUCGGCCAAGGUAACAGCGAAGAUGGUGACACUGGUGCUCAAAAUGGCGAUGAGGAGACAGAAGGCGAGGGAGAUAACGAAGAUGAGGGCACUGAAGGUGAAGAAGGUGAGGGCGAGAAUGAAGGCACUGAAGGAGAAGAAGGUGAGAACGAAGAUGAGGGCACCGAAGAGGACAAUGGGGAAAUUAAUGACGAUGACGAUGAGCUUGGCACAGGAGAUGGCGAGGGGGGCAAUACUGACGCACAGAAUGGCGAGAACGAAGGGGGAGAAGAAGGUGAGGAUCUAGAGGGGGAGAAUGAGGGAGAAGAUGAUGAAGAAGACCUUGAAGGUGAGGGUGAAGAUGAGGGUGAAGGUGAGGAUGAAGGAGAGGAUGAAGGUGGGGAUGAAGGUGAGGAUGAAGGUGAGAACGAAGAUGAGGAUCUUGAAGGAGAGAACGAGGGAGGAGAUGAGGACGAGGGCGAGGAUGAGGAUGAAGAUCUCGAAGGAGAAGAUGAGGAUGAAGAUCUAGAGGGAGAAGGUGAUGAUGAAGAUCUCGAUGAAGAAGACCUCGAGGGUGAGAACGAGGACGAUGAAGAUUCCUCUACUGAGCCAACAACCAAACCCAGCGAAUUCCGCCCAGGCAUGAACAACAAAUACCCGGAUCUCUCAGAUUGGGAUGGCGAAGACAACGGCUGGUACCAGGGCGAAGACAUCAGCUAUUCUGAUUCGGAUGAUGAGCCGCAAUCUGGCAAGUCCAAAAAGAAGAAGGCCAAGAAAACCAAGAGCAAUGUUCCUGACUGGAAGCCUCCGGUCGAUGACGAAGAAUGCCCCGAAUGGUGCAAGGACGAAAUCUGGGACUCUCCUACUGCUCGCGGUACCACAAACGACUGGAAAUUCGGCGCAUGGGCUUCAAGCAGACUUCGCAGGUUUGCCCAAGGCAGUGUCCCAUCUUCUCAGGGUUUCAGAGGGUUCGUGUGGCCAUCUAAACCUGAAGGCUCGUCCGCUGCUGCUUCGCCCGUUCCCACACCUACUGCCAUCUCCUCUGGCUACAAACCUUUCGGCAACCCGUAUCCUUACGAAGAGACUACUCCCUACGCGUAUGACUCGCCCUUUGAUCAGAACACAGACUACAGCGAUAAUGGUGGCGAUAGGCUCUCCUACGAUAGUUCGAGUGGAAGCCCCUCAGGACCAACAGGCAAGAUGAAGGCAAAGAAGGGAAAAGGUAAAUGUCCCAUCAAGUGCUACGGUGGUGGCAAACCAAGCUCCACCACAUCUUCCGCCUCUCCGAUUCACACGGAGCCUACUCCACCGAUAUCCAGCGCCUCCGAUCCCGACUUCACUGUCCCAUCCUUGCCAACGACACUGGUCACUGUAGCCCAUACGGAUCCGGUCAGCCCUGUUCCCAGCUCCGACCCGUCCUCUUACGGUGGCGGUUCUGGCUCAGGUUCUGGCUCUGGAUCCCCACCUGCGGGUAACGGCGGUGGUAGCGGCGGCGCAUAUACUGGCAGCUCGCUGAAAGAUGUUUGUCCCAACCAAUGCUUCCCAACUGACCCAUCAAAGAACUUCUGCGAUGGCACGACCUCAUGUACCACUACCGGUGGUGGGAAGUACUACUGCGCAUGCCGGGGUGGCUACCGCUUUGAUGGGGUCAAUCCAAAGGACUUCUCUAAGCAGUUCAAAGUCCCUGGAUUCCCGAACGUAUAUGGCACCGUGAGCGCGCCCUGCAACACUCUUUGCAGCGACAUCAAUUGUAGCGAAGUGCCGGUCAGACAAGUUUGUGUUUAAGGCGAAGGGGGGGCAAGGACAUUGAGGUAUCAGUGGUCAUCUGUUUGACAUAAUCUCUUUUGUUUUUUCCUUUUGUUGCUCACGCAUUGAUGAGUCGUGGUGUAAUGCAUUCUCUGUAAUCUGGCAUUUUCUCUUGAUGAAUCUAGUAAUUUCUGUUUGCACAACGCUUUCCGUCUCGCUUCAGUGACUUGGUGAUGUCUACUGGGACAUAAUGUGUGACAUCUGUGUUGUUCUAGAUUAGCCUGGGUGUUGUUUAAGUUCGGCACCAUCCCUCACUCAUUCAUCUGCGAACGCUACAAACCGUUAACAUUCGAAGAGAGAAAGAGGGGAAGGGGUUCUAAACACCCGAAAAACUGAUGAUCAGUCAAUAUGUGCGAUUGCUGCCAUCGAAGAUCUGGCUCUCGAUCUAAGCAACCUCCUCAAUCAUGUGAAGAGGACAUCUCAUGAUUUCACACUCUGUUUGGUCGAGUGCUAAUCAAACUACAGACAUGUCAUACAGUUGACUCCAUGUUUACUUUUAUCAGAGUUUGAGAUGACCACAACUGACGAGGCAAAAGUCGAUUAAUAAUCGGUCUAGAUUGUUAGAUGCCCUUGAAGACUCUCCUCUACGCACGGAAAUCCAUAGAAUACUGUGACCAAGAGGUUUAUUCGUGGUGACGUUCAACUACAGAAGCGCCAAACUACCAUAAGCUUCCCCCAAGCAAAUCCGCGAAACGUCUACCAUGCAAUCGAAGCCGUAGCUAAGCAGCCAAAAGCAAAGAGGCGUGACCUACACCCCGAACAGCCCAUUGGUUUUCGCCACCAAAAUAACAAUCGCGACUCGAAACGCUGGUUCCCGUCCGGCACGCACGCCCUAAUCUAGCAAAGCCACACACAAAGACGGAAGAAGGCGUUGCACUACCAAGGCUCGCUGCACACCUGACCGCAGAUCCAGUGUAUUUCGUUGCGUUCCAUCAACUAACGCACCGGCUGCGGUAUCUGGCUGCCCGACCCCCCGAUCGAUCCUACGCCCUGCCACCUGUCUGUCAACUAUCACAAUCAGGGCGCAUUGCUGGGAAACGGCAAGCUUCGCCAUCGCCCUACUCAUCAACACAUCCGCUAGACCUAAAAAGGCUGCAAGUGUUUGUGCAGUGUGCAGCACUAGUAAUCGAAAGGGCGAAUGAAAGCUUCAUCGAGCCAGUC